AUGACUGUCUCAACUUCGAUACAAAGGCGUAAGCCGUCUCAGGCACCUCUAGAGAAACGAGCCAAAGCGUACUGUCCACCUCCACGCACUCCUCUAGUACAAAGCUCAGAUAGCUCGACACCGCCGAAUCGUAGCCGAAAACGCACCCGGCCCAGUGCUUCACCCAUUCAAAACACACCAUGGUCAACGAACGCAAACAACUGGUCACAUAUUAGCUCGGCUGCCUCGAUCGCAAGAAGCGAUGCUAUGAGUCCGCAACCAUUCGCCAACACCCAAUAUAUCCUCAAAGAUGGUUUAGAAUCACCCAAUCAAGACCUUGAGGACGAGGAGGAUCACGACACUGACUUCAGACGUUGCUGGAAUAUGGCAAACCAAGAUAGGGUCAGCACGCCUCACAGCGGCUGGGGUAAAUUUGUCUUCAACAUCGCCGGGAGCCUGGCGGGUCGCAUGUGGAAUUUCUGCUCCUCUGUACCGUUUCGUGGGUUUGCUGCUGGCGGAGGCCAGGCAGUCCCUGUGAAUCCAGAGAGUUUCGAAAGCUUACAGCAAGCAUCGAGUAUGUGGGAAGAAGUGUCACAGCCUCCCACGCAUGAGGCGUUCUAUGGCAAUAGAAUGACCCCGAUUCCUGGGCAGUUCCCUGUUGAUGACCCUUUUGCAACAUCGGAAUCGACUCCCCCUCGCCCAUCGAAACGCGUCCAUGUGGACAGUGGUACUAGCUGGAUGGUGGUCCCCUCUCGUGGAAUGGGUGAUUGUGAACCUGCGUCAGCUUGUAACAGUCCUCGUCUCUCGGACCGCAAAAUACCUUCGCAGUCCUACAUUCCCCGACCUUCUCUUCCAUCCCCCAAAUAUACGCCAAAUCGUUAUUUUCCGCGACGCUCAUUGAUACCUAUUUCUCGCCGUUCAUCCCUGGUCGGCUCAACACAGUCGCCUAGUCUUCGUCCUGCUUCUAGACAAUCUUCUUACUUCGAGUCAAGUCCUGCGACCCGCCCUCGAUCGUAUAAUCCCACCAAUCCAUUUGCGCCAUACCAUGACAGACCAUACACGCCCACAAACCUUCCGAGUCACGAGGACGAGCGUAGGUCUCCACUUUCACCAGAAGUGCAAGAGAUUGCAGAAAAGAUCAGACAGGAUGAAGAACUCGCAGACGAAAGCAUGCGCAACAUGAGCAUGCGUCUAGCAGACUUGAUUCGAGAAGGUCAGAAUGCACUCAAGAGUAGUUAUGGUCAUAGAGACGAGCAUAUGAGCUAUGACGAUGAGGGAUUCGAGGAAGGCAUUUUCUAG